AUGGCCAACACCAUAUUUCAACGAGAACAUUUCGCGUACGAUGUCCUUAAAUUGUACAGGACCUUUCCAAAAGACAGGUUUGUUGGAAGAUAUGAAUUCACAAAUCCGAGGAUAAUGCUCCGUGAUCUCGACUUGGUGAAAAGAAUUACUGUCAAAGAUUUUGAAGUAUUCCUUGAUCAUCGUGAAUUCGGUGGGGACACGUUUUUCGGCAGAACCCUAAUAUUAUUGAAAGGCCAAGAAUGGAAGGACAUGCGCUCCACGUUGAGUCCAGCGUUCACAAGCUCCAAGAUACGGCUGAUGGUGCCUUUCAUGGUGGAGGUCGGAGACCAGAUGAUACGGUCACUUCGCAAGGAAAUCGAGGCGUCAGAUGACGGAUAUAUAAAUGUCGAUUGCAAGGAUCUCACAACUCGCUACGCGAAUGACGUUAUAGCUUCUUGUGCUUUUGGCCUGAAGGUUAAUUCUCAUGAAGAGAAAAAUAACGAAUUCUACAUGAUGGGUAGGGCAGCAGCAAACUUUGGUUUGCGUGAAAUGUUUAUGUUCAUGUUAUAUUUCAUUGCUCCAAAAAUAAUUGCGUUGCUAAAGUGGAACUUGGUACCAGAUAAGAUGAAGAACUUUUUCAUAAACUUAGUCUUGGACACAAUGAAGGACCGUGAAACGCGACACAUUUUUAGACCAGACAUGAUUCAUCUGCUUAUGGAAGCUAAAAAAGGCCAACUGACUCAUGAAGAUGCUAAAUCUAACAAUGAGACUACUGGGUUUGCGACUGUCGAAGAAUCAUCAGUUGGACUCAAAAAGACUGCGAAUCGAGUUUGGAAUGACAACGAUCUAAGUGCUCAAGCAUUUUUAUUCUUCAUCGCUGGUUUUGAGACUGUGUCUACAAGUAUGUCGUUCUUACUGUACGAGCUGGCAGUAAACCCUGAUGUGCAAGAACGAUUGGCGCAGGAGAUAAAGGAACAUGAUGCUAAGAACGGUGGCAAGUUCGACUUCAACUCUAUUCAGAGCAUGAAGUACAUGGAUAUGGUUGUGUCAGAACUUCUCAGGCUAUGGCCACCACUCGCAGUUAUGGAUAGAGAAAGCAACAGGGAUUACAAUAUGGGCAGACCAAGUGAAGAUGUUGAAAAAGAUUACAUUUUACCUAAGGGGUCUACAGUAUUUAUACCAGCCUUCGCCUUCCACCGCGACCCUCAGUACUUCCCAGAUCCUGAUAAGUUCGAUCCAGAGCGUUUCUCUGAAGAAAACCGUUAUAAGCUUAAUUUGAACGCCUACAUGCCUUUUGGCAAUGGCCCAAGAAACUGCAUAGGGUCGCGAUUUGCUCUCUGCGAAUUGAAGGUCUUGACUUACCAGAUUCUGCUGCACAUGGAACUGUCUCCUAGUGAGAAGACUCCGAUUCCUGCCAAGUUGGCUGCUGACAGCAUAAACAUCAGGCUCCAAGGAGGACACUGGCUUAGAUUUAGACAAAGAAAAUAA